GAUUUGUUUCUUAGUUUGAAAGUUUUUCUAAAAUGUUGAAAAAGAAUUUAAGAAAGAAUAAUAUACUCGGUAAUUUGAGAAUCUAUCGUCGCAGUUUAAUAUACCAAACAAAGGAAUUUUUUCAGAAUUCCACACUUCAUGGUGUACGUUACAUUGCCGAAACGGGAAGGCCAGCGGGAGAAAAGUUUUUAUGGUUUUGCUUAACAUCGAUGGGUGCGGUCACAGCUUUAAUAAUUAUUAUGAGUUUAUGGGAAAAAUACCAAACGAACCCAACUAUAACAGGUUUGGAUACAGAUUUCGAAAAUAAAAAUGUGGUAUUUCCGACAACAGUUGUUUGUCCCAAGCAUGUCUUCGAUUACAACAAGUCGUAUGAGAUGGCACUCAAUAAAUUGGCUAAUUCUGAUGCCGCAAUUGCUGAAAAAAUAUUACCCUUUUUAGAGUUAUUGCCCUCAUUGUCCCACGAAAGUUUUAACGCCACCGAAGCUAUGGCAAAAUCAUUAGAUGUCAAAGGUAUCAAAGAUGUAACAUUACGACAAUUGGCUUUUGCGUCAGCCAUUAGCUGUGAGGACGCCCUAAAAGAAUGCAAAUAUCGCGAUGAAUUGAUAACUUGCUGUGAACAUUUUCAACCUCUCUAUACGGAAUAUGGCUUUUGUUUUGGCUUUAAUAGUCGUUUUGAAUCAACCGAAACGGAAGACAUAAAAGCAGGACCUCCAGAUGUAUUGUAUGAAACUGACAAAAAAUGGGCCUUAUUCAUUACGCCCAGUAAAGAUGCAAAGGUUUUUUUAUUCUCAAACGAAGAGUAUUUUGGUAAAGAUUUUGGUCCCCGAAUUGAGUGGUCAGAGGGCGAAAUGGUUGAAGUUCGCAUCACUAAAAAGAACACCUUCACUACGGAUGAUGCUCGUCUGUUGACUAUAGGACAACGCAAAUGCAUUUUUCACGACGAAAUUAAAUUGAAAUAUUUUCCCGAUGAAUAUACCUUUUCGUCCUGCAUGAAGGAUUGCCGCAUGACAAAGGCCGUUAGUGCGUGCCACUGCUCACCGCCAUUUUAUAGACCUGUUGACAAUGUAAAAAUAUGUGGCAUUGAUGAUUUGUCUUGUUUGAGAAAUGCUUGGCCCAAUAUCACAAAUAUCAAGGAAUGCAUUCAGUGUGAACUAGGUUGUUCGAAGACAGUCUUUAAUAUAGAAAAACUUAUCAAAAAAGAGGUCGCCGAUACGCCUGGCAUCCUCGUAGAAUUUCUUACUUGGCCUAUCAUUCGUUACAAACGGGAAGUUCUAUUCGGAUGGGUGGAUUUGUUAGUCUCAUUUGGCGGCAUUGCCAGCUUGUUUUUGGGUUUCUCCCUUCUGUCAGGAGUUGAGAUUAUCUACUAUUUCACCUUGAGGGCAUGUUGUAUGGUCUUUGAGAAUCGUCAAGAACUGUAUGAAAUCGAACAACGUAUUAAAAAUAAACCACCACCUCCAAUAAAUAUGAGUUUGCGCAUGCAAUCGUAUAAGGCUCCUAUUGUGGUUACGGAAAACGAUCCAUUGGUUGUGGUAGAAAAGUCAUCGCUAAAUAGAUCGAAUGACAAACCACCAGACUAUAAGGACAUUGGAGGACGUAUAAGGAAGGCAGAAAAGGAUUACUCAACCUUUGCAAAAUCGUUGUAUAAAAAACCCAAAACUUUACCGAGCUAUAUAAAUAGCACAAACUCAUCCUGGGAAUAUGGCCAUUAUUUGCCAUAAGGAAGAAAUAAAAUGUCAUAAAGCAGAAAAAAAUGUUUUAGUCAAUACUUAU